CCUGUCUUUGUUCCUAUGGCCUAGCGUGGAUCCCAUUAUCAUCUCGCGUGACACAUGAGUAUCAAAUUGUCAACCGGCCGACAAUGGGCACUAUGCAGUUGUUAUGAAAAUCGGAGUCCUCGAUUUAUUUUGUCAAUCCCACCAGCAGUUAAUUCGUGGUGGUAAGACCCACGUGAAGAUGGCGGCGAGUCGAGACGAUACUUCGCCGAGGAGGCGUUGAAUUAAGGGCGCCGGUGGAAGGCGAAAAGGAGGUGGCAAGCCAAGAGGAAGAAGAAGAAAUUGAAAGCUGCUGAGACUAAGAGACAGAGGAGUCGGCUGCUGGUCGAGGAGUCGAGCCUCGUCGUUCAGGCGUGGCAGAAGUGCAAGAGGUGGUUUAACCCUGUAAUUCCCCUAGUAGCCUGUGAAUAGGGGUCAGGGAAAUUGACUGGGUGAAGCCCGUGCACCGUAACGCCGUCAAGCGGUGGAUCAUGGGUAGACGUAAACAACUCGUCACGUGGCCAGUGAACAUUUGAGUACAAAUACUUAGCGGAAGUAGGAGGAAGACAAAAACCGUCCAAGAGUGGCAACGACGCAAAAGAAAAUUCCCUAGACUCGGAGAGAUAAUGCAAAGCGUAUUAUAACUUUUAUGACGCGUUUGAUCAGUGAUCCUUUCGUGAUUCGUAAUGGACCUUUCGGCAUACGUAUAGAUACAUGCAUGUAACGUGUGUGAAUAUCUAGACGAUUGACAUUAAGUCAUAUGCAUCGGAUUAAUUCUAUAUACACAGUGCCAUCUGGUUAUGGUUUUACCAUGAGGAAUCCCAUACGUGCUCCUUAUUUAUUCGUCGUAUAUACAUUUUCUUUUUCUCCCACUGUUUUCUCACGUCAAACAGUCUGUGAAACCAGCAGAUCCUAGUGAUGCGUGCGCGUAUGGUGUACAGUAUCGUGACGUGAUCAGUGCUCAGUAUUAUUGUGAACGACGACCACGUGCGCUAAGGUUGUCAAAAUCUUGCGAUACCAGUCGAACGUAUUUGAUAUUGACGGGGAUGCGUUUUUCUUCUUUGGAUGCGGAUGCUGCGAUCUCCGUGCGGUGUGCCUCGUAGAUUACGGCGAGAGAAAGGAACACGCUGAUGACGAGAUGAAGCUGGGUGAUAAUAUGGCUGCUGUGGAAGCCUGCGUAUGGGGCGACGUGUGUCCACGCAAAAGUCGACCACCACGAAUCGGCGACAUACCAAAACACGGUGCCGUCGACGAGGAAUCACCGGGUAUUUCAGCAAAGAAGCUGACAUCAUCGCCCAGCGAGGAGCCGGAAGCCGUGCCGGAGGUUCCUGUGGCUGGUCACGGUGAUGCUGUCUUUGGAUCAAGGACGACGACGAAGACGCCGACGACGACGACGACGUGCACUUACAAGAAUAAUCAGAGCCAAGUUAAAUCCGGGAUCAGCGAAUCUCUGCCGGUAGUGGAUAAGAAUAAGUCUCAAGAGAGAAGAAAAGUUGUUGCGUCUAGUAAGAUAGACACUGGCACCAGGUUCAAUUCACGUGCUAAGACUGAACUCGAUGGAAGUUUGACGAGAAAGUUCGAAGAGACGAACAACGCUGAGGAUACGGAGGAGAUCAGAGAGGUGCGCAAGGACAGUGCACUGUAUCUCGAGGAGUCCGAGAGUCUCCAGGAUCUUAGGGAGGGUCUGAAGGGCACUAGAAUUAAGAGUCUCGCGCCAAGACGGGAGAGCAGUGGGUACGGGAGCAACAGAGGGACCUUUGACGAGGACAGAAGGAACUCUGAGGUCGACCUGACUGGGUCGCGCGAGAGACGAAGAUCCUCCGCGAAAAGGAUCACGUCGGAGACGUAUCAGAUACGCAGAAUAAGUCGGGGCGAAGAACUUGAGAAUACCGAGAGGAUGCCGACGUCGGAGGUGCACAGGAAGGUCUCUAGCUCGGGAUUGGAGAUGCCCGAUAUUCAGGAAGCAAAGGAUGCAGAACUGCAGGAAACUCUGAGUCAGGAGUCAUUUAUAUGUGGGACACGUGGGAGCUUUGGGUCUAGUAGGAUUCUUCAUGGGUUGGGUCAGGAUACUGAGAGAGAUUGUUCCACCCCGGCGAGACAUCGAAAUGCCCCGAUGACCUUCUUCAAGGACGACUCUCCCGAAGAGAGUGCCACUGAACGUAAAAUGAAUUCCGAGGAGGUACCGUUCGUCGCGGCACUCUCCUACGCGGAAGUGCUCUCCAGAGCGGGGUCAGACAAAGAUCAGUCUAGAAAUCUGUCUCGUGCAGAAUCCUUUGACGCGAGUUCGUCGUCAUUGUCAGGUCAGAGUUAUCGGCAAAGAAAAAGAAUCGUGCAUCAGUACAGUACACCGAAUUUCUCGACCACCGAGCUAGAGUCCAUCCUAGAGAGGUCAGCUGAAAAGUCACCAGAGGGUCAAAAAGAGGUCGGUACACAGGGGGAAGAAAAAAUGCUGGAACUGUCUAAGAACGGAUUCAGCGAGGGAGACGAGAGAAGGAACGAGGAGCAAGCUCAGGAGAAUCAACACGCCGACACUGGUGUAAAGUUACUACCGAAACCGGUUAAGGUCUACCAACUUCUCUCGACACAGUCCGAGGAUCGUGGUGACGGCGUAGUACCGCACUUGGCUGAUCGAAGGAUUUCCUUACAAAUUUCGAGACAGGAAGACGCACCACUUCCUGUCACUGCAUCCAAACCGGUUGAUAAGAAACUUCUUCAUGCCGAUAGCGUGCCUGUGCUCGACGUGCCAGAAAUGUUAGAGCCAGGUCAACACUUGACGCCGACGAUGAUCGGCUGUUCUCCAGUUAGAAAAUUAAGUUCACCGGGCGAGGUCAACGUCUCCCACAGACUCCUUGCCGACGGUGGUCUCAUGGGUGUCAGGCCUAUCUAUCCUUACUGUCCUUACUCACCUUACGGAAGCCCUCAGGGCUCACCCAGGACCAGGAGAAGACCUCUGAGAGAGAGCCGAAGAGUCUCCAUAGACAAUCGACAAGGCGCUCUUCAGCUCAACCAAUACAAACUUCUUGAUAACAUCGGACAGGGUUCCUAUGGUAUCGUUAAGUUGGCCUAUAACGAGGAGGACGAGACUCAUUACGCCAUGAAGAUCCUGAGUAAAAAGAAGCUGAUGAAGAAGGCUGGGAUAUUUGGUAGAAUGGCGCCUCGGCAGAGUAAGGGCGCUUCCAGUAAUCCUCUGGCUAAAGUGUACAGAGAGAUUGCACUUCUGAAGAAACUUGAUCAUCCGAACGUGGUUAAACUGUUGGAGGUCCUGGACGAUCCCGAUGAGGAUAAUCUUUAUCUUGUCUUUGAGUUGGUACAACGUGGCGAGGUAUUGCAGCUUCCCACGGAUAAACCGUUGGAGGAGGAAACUGCCAGGAUUCAUUUUCGCGAUAUCGUCAUGGGGGUUGAGUAUUUACAUUAUCAGAGGAUCGUGCACAGGGAUAUAAAGCCUAGUAAUCUACUGGUUGAUAGCGAAGGUCGUGUUAAAGUCGCCGAUUUGGGUGUUAGCGCUGAACUUCGUGCAGCUGGGGAAUUGCUUUCCGGUCCGGCUGGUACGCCAGCUUUCGCGGCGCCCGAGACAACUACGCCUGGUGCCGAAUAUUCAGGAACGCUAUGCGACGUCUGGUCGAUGGGUGUGACGUUGUAUUCACUGGUAACCGGAAGAGUACCUUGGAACGGUGACGGAAGUAUAAUAGGUGUCCAAGCAGCCGUACGUUCCGAGUCUUUGAAAUUCCCUGAAAAACCAAAGUUGAACGAAGACCUGCACGACCUGAUCUCGCGGAUGCUCGCCAAGGAUCCAUCGGAGAGGAUUACACUGCCGGAAAUCAAGGAACACCCUUGGGUCACUUGUAACGGCCGUGAACCAUUACCAAGCGAGGCUGACAACUGUCGACUUCCGGUCACGGUCACUGACGAGGAAGUAGCCAGAGUUGUCACCAGGGUGCCGAAACUCGACACUCUCAUACUGAUCAAAACUAUGCUCAAGCAACAUAGCUUCCAGAAUCCAUUCCUACCAAGGAGAACGACCAAGUCCACGUGCAGCGACGCGACCAGCGAGAUUUCCUCGACUAGAACGAGCGAAUCCUCGGAGACACCGGAAACGGCCGACAGUCGUACGAUUCGAUUUUAUAAAAGCGGCAGAAGCAACUCAGCACCAGAUUCCUAUGAGUGGCAAGGAAACGAUAGACAAGUGUCCGUCGAGAGUCCUCUGCCGCCUGUGACGGAAGUCGAGGUCGAGCGACGGUGAUAUUUCCAAUAGACCGAGAGAUUCGACUGUGAGAUGCUGCUCUCUCCUAAUGGACUUAAAAAAACGGAUAUUUGAAUCGAGAUUAUCGAUACCGUCUGCGAAUCCCUUACUCGUCCGCAGUGUGCGCGUAAACGAGUCUACAAAUACGUAUACAUAGUACCGUUGCGACAUUAAGAAGCGCCAUCUAUAAGCAUCCGAACGAACCAACGAAAAAAAUGUAAUCUUCGAGAAUCUCUAGGAAAACCUUUAUCCUUCUACACUUUUUUCCUACAUUCAAUUAGUUUUAUUUCUUUUUUUUUUCUGUCGAUAGACUUUUUUAUUUUUACGACCAUGUUCAGCCAGGCCGAGGCUGACACCUGGUGGGCAUCCCUAGCGAUCCGUCCAUUUAUUUUUUUUUCUUCGUCUAUAUCUCUCGUGAUAGUUAUCCAUAAUGAAACGGGAAGAACAUGAGCUCUGUGGAUUAUCGUCAGUUUCGUUCUUUUCAUUUUUGUUCUCUCUCGCCUCUCAUAUUUCUUUUCUUUUCUUCUUUUUGAGUCCACGAGAUCAACUUGUUACAUGGAUCGUAUUAAGGAAGAGAAACAAAAGAAAUAAGUACAGCAAGGAUGUCUGGACACGUUGAUGUAUCUUGUUAUUUGAUGUGCGACAAUUGGAAGGGCCAUUCGAAAUAUCUGCAGUGGUAGGAUCUACUGUCAUGAAUACUAUAUGUAUACAUUCGAUGAAGAUCAUUGAUGGAAGACUGUCAUAUUCUUUCACUAUUCGUCAUUGGACUUUGUCAGCCUUCUUUUUUCGUUAAUUACUAAUUUUAAUAUUCACUGCGACCUGUGGAUAUUUUAUAGAAAGGAUAUUUUAUAGAAAAGCGCUCUGUGGUUAGUUAACAUUGUUCAUGUUGUUAAUAUUGUUUAUCACGCGGCGAAGACCCUUCGUUAUCCUUGACCUGGAAUGUCGGCGUUUAUGAAGGGAUGAUAAAAAUGCCCUUCGUAGAGUCGUGCCAGAACUUCAUAACGGAUUAAAGUAAUGAAGCAAUUACGCGUGCGGUCGCCCUAACGUUAAUUUUUUCCAUCACGGCUCACUGGCAACUUUGUUGAACUUUCAAAGUGGGAAUAAGCGCACUAAAAGGCGAGGCCAACCUAUUAAUAAGAUUACGGAGAGACGGAUAAAGAGAGAGAGAGAGAGAGAGAGAGAGAGAGAGAAUCUUACACGACAUUCAUUGUUCAUUGGCUAUAGACGUAUAUUUGCAAUACGUAUGUGCAAAAGUGUCAUGCGUUUUUCCAUUUUUUUUCCAAUGCAUAAUUUAAGUACACAGAAUAAUUACUGCGCACAGUUUGUAAGCGUGUAAAGAAGUUCUCUCUUUUUUUUCCCUUGUGUUGAUUUGCAUCGUUAAUCACGGGUAGAAAGAGAAGGGCGAAUGUCGCAUAUUAAUUUUGUCACCAAAUUUGCAUUUUAAUUGUGAUAUUUGGUUGUGCGUUGACGUAUCGUUUCGUGGCCUUUGUAAGGCGACAGUACAUUAAACGAACUCGUUACUUUGGCAAGACUCAAUUUACGUUACUAAAUUAUUUAGUUUAUUGCAAAACGAAAAUUCAAUAUAUUUCUUCCUUUUAUCUCUUCGUUGUCUUUGUGCGAUAUUCGUGUAAAUUAAUGUGUAAUUAUGCUUUGCGUUAUUAUCCGCUCAAUAGUAAUACCACAUUGGUCGAUCUGCCUAUACUGAACUCCUAUAAGCGCUGACUACUAAAAUGCGUAUCCAUUUUUACUGAUUCUACCCUUUUUACUUCAAUCAAGAUCAUGUUUCGAAAAAUGUGAGAAACUGUCAGGAGGGAGAGAGAGAGAGAAUUUUUUGUGCGAUCCUCCAUCAAGCGAUACUCGAAUAGAUAAAGAUAUAUUACAAGCGUAUAAUUAUUUAUUUAAAACUCGUACAAAGUGGCCGAUCAGUGCCAAAAGUGUGUUAAAAAAGUAAUUCCUAGACACGACGACCAAUUAAUAAUUUUUAAACGUUACUCUCUGUCUCUCUCGUUCCAAUUACUGUUAGAUAUAUAAUAUAAGACGUACAAUUAAUUUGUUUUAUUCGUAAAGGGAGAAAUAUUUCCGCUAGACAACGACACCGUUUUACAUAUAACUAUAUAUAUCGUUAUUGACAUGGAUAAUAAUCCUUUUAAUAUCUCAGCAUAGAUCUGACACCCUGUAAUAGUGAGACUUCUCUUUGUAUAGUUUUUUUUGCUUUAAACUUACUUCUGUACCGUCGCCCUUAUUCACAUAAACGACCUGUACCAUAACACGGCACAAGAUACACGAACGAAGGGACAAAGACAAAGGAAAGCGCAAUUGCGUAUUAUUGUGACUUUUGUGAGAUCUUAAUUAAGACUAGGGGGACCAUAAAUUCUAUGAUCUUAGGGAAUUAGCUUUUAGUGCUUAGAGGAAGAUUUCAAGUCAUAUCAGAAAAUUGACUUAAUGAUUUGUGCUCUUAAAUCUAAGCGAGAGACACGUCUGAGAAGGUUGAACCAAAUAAACGAUAAAGAAUGAUAAUGAUGAGGAUGAGGCUGGCCUCUGGCAAGAGGUUCCUGGGAACACUCUUGCUUAUUGAAUAAAAGUCUGUCUUAGCGAUUCUGGCUUUUAUAGUCAAGCUCUUUCAGACGUCAUCGCCACGCUACGGGUAUACAAUAAAUAUAUAACAAGAACGAAGAAGAGCUACGUGAAAUUGAUAUUACCUAUUAAAAUAUAGUAGAUGUCCGUCAUCACAUGUUAUAUUCUUAUAAAUGCACAAAAUAUUUUAUACUUCGUAUUUAAGGCUAUUUUGUUCAACUAUUUUAUAUCUGCAGAUGUACACCGAGCGGUGACGUGUCAGAUGCGAGGAAACUUUUACAGACAUUUUUCUCUUGCGGUUUAAAUUAAUUUCUCCGAAUCUUGGUUCGUACCAAAUAUUCUAAUACGAAGAACGCAGUACGAAAAUGAAGCGGAUGUAAUGAUAAUAAGCGGCCGUUAUGAGGAUUUGAUUGGUCGAUUUCUUCUCAGACAUUAUUCUUGAACACAAGAUUUCGGUGAAUCUUAAUUCCAGAUGGCCUGACUAUCUUGUCUUCAAUGGAAGGUGUCUGAAACCAGUAACAAAAGAGAAAAAUCGAUUUUAAAAGGUUCCUCGCUUUUGACGUAAUAAUUCCGUGUACCUGUGCAAGCAUAGAUCUAGCUGAACAGCAGUUUGAUGCACACUACGUUUCUAAUCUUAUUGUGAAAGAAGUUAUAUGUAAAGUUUAUCUAUAUUAUUAUUAUUAUCGACAUCCUUAUAUGCAAAA